AAGAAUAUGCGUGUUAGAGAUCUUUUUAGUCAUUGGAAGGAGAGUAUCCAUAUUUAUCCGUACUAAAGCUACCUUUUUAUGUAUAUCAUGUACUAGUUCUUAUAUUAUGAAACUGAAUUUUCAAAUGGAACAUAUAACAGGUUUCUUUAAUCUAAUCCAAUCCAAGCCCAUUGCCUUGGAUUAGCCUCUAGAUGCCGCAGAAUUGUCAUCUUAUUCUUGGAAUAGAGCGGCACCAAUCAAGAAAAGAACGGCAAAAAAUAAACAAUAUUGCAUGCAUUUGAUAAAACUUAGGACCAGCAACAGUUUCUCUCAAGCAGAAAAGCAAAGAAAAGUCAUCAAGAAGAAGCAAUUAUUUGAGAACAUAAGGUGUUGAGGAUUCAAAGCAAGCAAACGAUGGCAGAGAAGGAAGGAGCAAUUAUCAAGAAGGGGCAUGAAGAAGGUUUGAAAAUGGCGGGUUCCCUACUCGAAGAAUUCGGACUCCCAAUGGGGCUCCUCCCUCUUGCUGAUGUGAUCGAAGUAGGAUUCGUGAAGAACACAGGCUACAUGUGGAUCCAGCAAACUAAAAAAAUUGAGCACAAGUUCAAUAUGAUCAGCAAACAGGUAAGUUAUGACACUGAAAUAAAUGGUUACAUUGACAAGAAGAGAAUCAAGAAGCUCAAGGGCGUGAAAGCUAAGGAGUUGAUGAUAUGGCCUCCAGUUAAUGAGAUUACAGUGGAUGAUCCUCCCACUGGCAAGAUUCAUUUCAAGAGUCUUGCUGGCAUAACCAAAACUUUUCCAGUUGAAGCUUUUGCUGCUGGCCAGUAAGGGGAAUCAUCCAUGCAUAUUUUCUCACUAAUGGCACUUGUGUUUUCUGUACUCUUGCUUUCUUUCUCAACUUUUAGAUGAUCAGCUCCACUCCGAGCUAAAUAAGAAUAUUUCAAUGUUGAGACAUAUUUUGUAUUAAAAGAGUGAGGGAAAAGUACAAUUCUAUUUUGGUUGUCAUCAAAAUUCACUGGAGUUGCAACAAAUAACAUGGAACAAAUAUGAGUUUAAAAAUCGGAAACCAAAGAUGAUUUCGUUUGAGCUAAAGGAUUAACUUUUACUCCUUCAUAGGAGUUAUACUUGUAUCAAUAGGUAAUAAGCAAAAUGACUAAUCCAUUGUUAUUUGUGUUUUAAUAGUGUUCAAGCAUUGCAGUUUCUG